UUCGGAGUACCAUAAACUCAUAAAGGGGACUCUUCCCACAGUGGCACACUCCCAUUCUCCCAACGAGAUUCGAACACAGAAGUGGAACACCAACUCACUUUGCCACUUUGGUCAUCCCCAACUCCCAAUCAAACAUACCAUAACAUAUAUUUUGGCGCGAACUUGCGCGCCAUUUCAUCUUCCCCUAAACCCCACUUUCCUUUUCGCCACUCUUUCAUGUCCUAUUUCCCAAAAAUUGCUGCUGCUAUUCAAUCAAUCAAAUCGAUCUCUUCCCUCGGAUUGCGAUUGAAAGUCGUUGAUUUCUGUGCCUUUUCAAUGGCUAGUGAGAUUAGAAACGGGUGUAAUGAAACGAGCAAUGAUAAAAUUGAUUUGAGAAGGAGAUACCAAGUAGUAGUUGCGGCAACUAAGGAAAUGGGUAUUGGCAAAGAUGGGAAAUUGCCAUGGAAAUUGCCGUCUGACCUUAAAUUCUUCAAGGAUGUUACUUUGCGAACAUCUGAUUCUGAGAAAAAGAAUGCUGUUAUAAUGGGCAGAAAGACAUGGGAGAGUAUCCCCCUUAAGCACCGUCCUUUGCCCGGUAGACUCAACGUAGUUCUCACUCGUUCUAGGGGUUUCAAUGUUGGAGGUUUGGACAAUGUUGUGACUUGUGGAAGCAUGGAUUCUGCUUUGGAAUUGUUAGGAAUGCGCCCGUAUGAUCUUUCUGUUGAGAGGGUGUUCGUCAUUGGCGGUGGUGAGAUAUUGAGGGAAGUGCUUAAUGGUGCAGCUUGUGACGCGAUUCAUAUUACAGAGAUUGAGACCGAUAUAGAGUGUGACACAUUUAUGCCCCCUGUGGAUAGUCAUUUGUUUCAUCCUUGGUAUUCAUCUUUCCCUUUGGUUGAGAACAAUAUACGACACUCUUUUGUCACAUAUGUCCGUGUGAGAAGAACCGCUGUUGAUAUUGGUACUCAGAUCAAUGGUACCAAGGCAAAUUCUAGUAAGUUUGAGGUACAAGACUUCUCCUUUCUGCCUCAAGUGGUAUUUGACAGACAUGAGGAGCAUUUGUACCUUAAGCUAGUACAAGAGAUCCUGUCGAGUGGGAAUCUUAAGGAUGAUAGGACGGGGACUGGGACCCUUUCAAAAUUUGGUUGCCAGAUACGGUUCAAUUUGCGCAAGAGUUUCCCACUUCUUACAACCAAGAGGGUAUUUUGGCGAGGUGUUGUAGAGGAACUAUUGUGGUUUAUCAGUGGCUCUACAAAUGCCAAGGUCCUGCAAGAGAAAGGCAUACAUAUAUGGGAUGGAAAUGCAUCCAGAACUUACCUUGAUAGCAUUGGACUACCAGACAGGGAAGAGGGCGACUUAGGACCUGUUUAUGGGUUCCAGUGGCGGCACUUUGGAGCUAGUUAUACCAGCAUGCAUGCUGACUACACUGGGCAAGGAUUUGAUCAGUUGUUAGAUGUUAUCCACAAGAUUAAGAAUAAGCCAGAUGACAGACGUAUCAUCCUAUCCGCUUGGAACCCUUCUGAUCUUAAAUUAAUGGCACUGCCUCCGUGCCACAUGUUUGCUCAGUUCUAUGUAGCAAAUGGUGAGCUAUCCUGUCAAAUGUACCAGCGGUCAGCAGACAUGGGUUUGGGGGUUCCCUUUAAUAUUGCAUCUUAUGCUCUCUUGACGUACAUGAUUGCUCAUGUCUGUGACCUUCUUCCUGGGGAUUUCAUCCAUGUAAUCGGUGAUGCUCAUGUUUAUCGCAACCAUAUUGAGCCUCUGCAAGAACAACUACAGAAUCUACCUAAGCCGUUUCCUGUUUUAAAGAUCAACCCUCAGAAGAAGAAUAUAGAUUCUUUUGUAGCAAAGGAUUUCGAGCUUGUGUCUUAUGAUCCUCACCAGAAAAUUGAAAUGAAGAUGGCAGUUUAAAGCUCACUCUCUGACUGUGAGUCUGCUAUGUUGAAUUGUUGAUAUUUGUCACUGCUUAAUUAAAAUUAUUAUUAUGUCGUGUUGCCUUUUCAAAAUCAUGUAUAGUGUUGCCUUUUUAUUAAACAGGUUCCAACAGUAUGUUUUAAAAUUUAAUAAUACUUAGGUCGUUGCCUUGUUCGUCA